AGAGUAAGUUCUAUUAUCUUAAUUCACAAACACCCCCAGAGUCUGUGCGUGGCAGCUCAAGCCCUGCAUGACCCAGAGCAGACACUCCUGCACCACUCCCUGUGCCGUGCCCCUGGGAAAUCUCUCUUGUUGUGUCAUCGCUGAGCUCAGGACAAGGGAAGAACAAUUUUUUUGGCACUUACCACAUUAAAUGUUCUUUAUGUACAAGAACAUGCUCCUGCUCUUCUUCCAGUCUCUAAAGUUUCCCUAUUUUAGUUUCACCCUCAGAGGAUUCUGUGAGGGUAUUUCACACAUAAAAAUCAAGAUGACAAAGCCAGCAGGUUGUACACAGGGGUGAUGCAGUGGUGGCUGCUCCGGGGGAUUUCUUCCACGUGCCCAACAUAAAAAUAAUUGCACCACAUCAUAAUGAUUUUGAACUGCUACUUUAACAAUGGAAAACUGUAUCCAGAGGUACAAGAUGGUCCUGCUUGGGCUGUGAGAUGUUACAGUGUGUAUUUGUCUAUGGAGGCUGUGACUUGGAUUCCAGCAGGGAAUGUUUGGAAACCCAAUGUGUGUUGGGGCAGGUUUUCACUCAGGGAACCUCCCACUUUAUUCCUCUGCAGAUUUCCUCUGGUAUAUUAAAUAAAGAGGGGAGGCCUUGCUCUUAUCAAGUUACUACAUGGAAGCAAAUUACUGUUAUUCAUCAUAACAAUUAGGUAUUGCAUUAUUUUUUUCCUUUUCUUAGAUGAUUUAUGUGUCUGUCCUCUGUGCCUCUGUCAAUUAUUUAUCACUGCUUGUUUCAGCCGGCAAGGAUGCUGUGAAAACACCAGCUUAAUUUCUUCUUCCAGCCAAUCCUCCUUCCCCUCAGCUUCAGGAUAAUAAAAAUCCGUGGAGCUUUUCCAUUUCCUGUCAUCUGCAGUGUUUGUGCAGCCACUUCCCUUUGCCUGCCACAGCAAAAUUUCAUUAGUGCAACUGGGAUAAGACUCAGCUCCAGUUUUGCCUCAAGGCUGUUUACAACUUCUUGUUUACCAGUUAUGAACAAAAACUAUUCUAGAGAUCAUUACUGAAGAGAUUUGAAGCUGCUGCUUCACAACAUGGUGUCAGAAAAAGAGAGAAAACACAAAAUAUGUAUCCAAAAUAACAAUUAUUCCUUCUGCUUUUAGUGUGAUAAGGGACAAUCUUGUCAAGGAAUGACCAAGAACAACUGCCUCAGAUCACCAGAGACCCCUUGAAAAGCCAGACUCCAGCAGGACACAUUAGAACACAAGGAAGAAAAUGGACACAAACUCUUCAUUGGACUGGCCUCAGGUGCUGAAUUACAGUGGGACAUACAAGUACCUUUACUUGGAAGGAAACGUCUCCUACGUGGACUUCUACCUCCACCAGCCUUCGGUGGCUGCUGUCUUCAUCACCUCCUACCUCCUCAUCUUCCUCCUCUGCAUGGUGGGCAACGGGGGGGUUUGUUUCAUCAUCCUGUGGAGCAGGCACAUGCGCACGGUCACCAACCUGUUCAUCCUGAACCUGGCCGUCAGUGACUUGCUGGUGGGAAUCUUCUGCAUGCCCACCACGCUCCUGGACAACAUCAUUGCAGGAUGGCCCUUUGGGAGCCUGGUGUGCAAGAUGAGCGGGAUGGUCCAAGGAAUCUCUGUUUCUGCCUCUGUCUUCACUCUGGUUGCUAUUGCUGUGGACAGGUUCCGGAGCAUUGUGCAUCCCUUCAAGCAGAGGCUGACCAUUCCCACUGCCAUGGCCAUCCUCGCGGUCAUCUGGACGCUGGCCGUGGCCAUCAUGUGUCCCUCGGCAGUGCUGCUGCAGGUGCAGGAGGAGAAGCAUUUCCGGGUGCUCCUGGGCCCCGGCAACGCCACCCGCCCGGUGUUCUGGUGCCGGGAGGAGUGGCCUGAGCCAGGAAUGAGGAAGAUCUACACGACGGUUCUCUUUGCCAACAUCUACCUGGCCCCCCUGUUGCUCAUUGUUGUCAUGUAUGCCAGGAUCAGCGUUUCCCUCUCCCACACGGCCGUGCCUGGGGCAGGGAAGCACAGCCAGGAGCAGCAGCACGGCGUGUGCAAGAGGAAACAAAAAGUCAUCAAAAUGCUCAUCAUUGUGACUCUGCUUUUCACCCUGUCCUGGCUUCCCCUGUGGACCCUGAUGCUGCUCUCGGACUAUGCCAGCCUUUCUGACCUCCAGCUGCAGCUCAUCAACAUCUACAUUUAUCCCUUUGCUCACUGGCUGGCCUUCUGCAACAGCAGCAUCAACCCCAUCAUCUACGGCUUCUGCAACAAAAACUUCCGGAGGGGCUUCCAGGCCGUCUUCAAGCUCCAGCUCUGCUCCGGGGCUGCCUGUUCCCAGCCUGGCCCCAGCAAUGCCAUCCUGCCAGGGGCCUGCUGCCGGACACCGCAGGAUCGAGCUCCUCAAACAGCUGCGGGGGAGAGGGAGCCAGCUGAGAAAGGAAAUCGGGUGAAUAAGCAGUGGCAUUUGAUCAUGGGGGAUCUCAAAGAGCCCUGCAACAACGGGAUGGAGUGAAACGCGCCGUGACUCUGGGAAUCUCUCGGAGCAGCUGAAACAGGGUUGCUUGAACCGUAUUUGUGGUCACAUUUCAGCCUGUGAGUAAUCCCUGGUCCUGUGGGAUGGUCCCUCUCAUGGACUGAAAUAUUGCAGACACAGCCUGGAACCCACCAGUCCCUGGAUUUUCUUGUGGUUGUGCUUCUUGGACACUGUGAAUGGCAGCUGGGUCCUGCUCAAAUGACAGAAUUAAAUAUUUUCCAUCACAUUCCAUUUAUUCGCCUUUGAUGUUGUUAUUUCAGUCACAUCCAUUGUUAU